CUCCCCCUUCUUUUAAUGAACCUCUCCUCCCCUGUUCUCUACUGAAACAAACAAAGCCUUAACCCAAAAAAUCUCCCGCCCCCGAUCUCUUCUUCGACGGCUAGCUUCCUUCGCUGCCGAGCCGCGGAUUAGCAAGUCAUGUCACCAUCACACAUCUUUAACGUUCAGCUCUUCUCAUCGACAGUCUUGGUCUUCGUCCAAUUCCCCCACAAACAGCGGUCUUCUUGUCUUGGCCGGAGGGGGCGACACUGGGGAAGAAAUGAUGGAGGUCAUUAGCGUCAAGUCCCAGUUACCAGAUAAUCCACCUCACGCCGUCAGUAGCCAUUGCACCGAUUAGAUUGUUUGUUGAUUGAUUUGGAUGGGAAUGAAACCUAAUUUCUUCCCUUAACUAUGUGGCUGAGAACAGGGAUAGGUUGUGUUCAGCAUUUGAGUCUAUAGGAUGCUGAAGCUGCCACAUGUUUCUUCUCUCCAUCCACAUCUUCCUCCAAGUCUCAACUUAUUUGAGUUCUGUAGAAUCAAACAAGAAGCUAAACAACUUCAUGCCCUAUCCCUCAAAACAGGCAUUUUCAGUUACCCUUCAAUAUCUUCCCGACUUUUAGCUCUCUAUGCUGAUCCCAAAAUCAAUAACCUUGAUUAUGCUCGCUCUGUCUUUGAUUGCAUGGAAGCACCCAGUUUGGUUUCUUGGAACCUAAUUAUCAAGUGCUAUAUUGAGAACCAAUGUUCACAUGAUGGAAUUCUUCUGUUUUAUGAAAUGAUUCAUGAACUCCUGCCUGAUAAUUUCACUUUGCCUUGCCUAAUCAAGGGUUGUACUCGUUUAAAUGCAACUGAGGAAGGAAAACAGAUUCAUGGGUUGGUCUUGAAAAUUGGGUUUGGUUCAGAUAAGUUUGUACAAAGCAGUUUGGUUAGUAUGUAUUCUAAAUGGAGUGAGAUGGAUUUGGCUCAAAAAAUAUUUGAUCAGAUGGACAAUAAAGAUUUAGUAAGUUGGAAUUGUUUGAUUGAUGGUUAUGCCAGGAAUGGAAAUGUUGAAGUGGCAAUGGAACUGUUUGAUAAAAUGCCUGAUAGGGAUAUCUUUACAUGGACUUCUUUGGUUGACGGGCUUGCCAAAUGUGGAAAGCUUGAGACUGCAAGAGAGAUAUUUGAUCAAAUGCCAAGUAAAAAUUUGGUAUCUUGGACUGCCAUGAUAAAUGGCUAUAUGAAGUAUGGUCAAUCUGAUUUAGCCGAUCAAUUGUUUCACCAGAUGCCAGUGAGAAAUUUAAUAAGUUGGAACUCAAUGAUAGCUGGAUAUGAACAUAACGGGCAGUAUUUUGAAGCUUUGCAUUUCUUUGUGGCAUUGUUAGGUGAGGGCCUUAUACCUAGUGAUGCCACAAUGCUCAGUGCUCUAUCUGCUGUUUCAGGGUCAGCUGUUCUUAAUAAUGGGAGGUGCAUCCAUUCAUUUAUGUUGAAACGUGGAUUUGAAUUAGAUGGUGUGCUUGGUACAUCACUGAUAGAUAUGUAUUCCAAAUGUGGUAGCAUAGAGAGUGCUCUAGCAGUUUUCAAAGCAAUAGCCAACAAGAAAUUGGGGCAUUGGACAGCAAUAAUCAUGGGUUUAGGAAUGCAUGGUAUGGCUGAGAAUGCUCUUGAACUUUUCCUUGAAAUGCUUGAAGUUGGAAUGAAACCACUUGCUUUAACUUUUGUUGGGGUUUUAAAUGCUUGUAAUCACGGAGGAUUGGUAGAUGAAGGGCGUCGGUUUUUCUAUAUGAUGAUCAAUGAAUACAAAAUUGAGCCGACAAUCGAACAUUAUGGUUGCUUUGUGGACACUUUGUGUCGUGCUGGGUAUCUUCAAGAGGCAAAGAAUAUCAUCGAGAGCAUGCCAAUGAGACCAAACAAAGUGAUCUGGAUGAGUUUGCUCGGUGGUUCUAGGAACCAUGGAAACUUGGAACUCGGAGAGUAUGCUGCUCACAAUUUGAUUGAGGUAGAUCCAAAUGCUGCUGCAGGUUAUAUAGUGCUUUCUAAUAUGUAUGCUGCGUCUGGUAAGUGGGAUAAAGUUUCACAUGUAAGAGAAAUGAUGAUGAAGAGAGGGGUAAGAAAGGAUGCUGGAUGCAGUUUCGUAGAGCAAGGAGGUAAACUGCACCGAUUCAUUGCAGGCGAUAAAGCACAUCCCCAAACUGAAAAUAUAUAUGCUAAGUUGGGUGAGAUGAGAGAGAAGCUGAAACUUGCAGGACAUAUUCCAGACACAAGCCAAGUUCUGCUGCAUGUUGAGAACGAAAAUGAAAAGGAAUUUGAGUUAGAAAUUCACAGCGAGAGGUUGGCCAUUGCUUUUGGCCUUCUCAAUAUGGGAAAGGGAAGUCCUGUUCGGAUAAUAAAGAACCUUCGUGUCUGUAAUGACUGCCAUGCAGUAACUAAACUCCUGUCUAACAUCUACAAUCGAGAAUUUAUAGUGAGAGAUAGCAGCCGCUUCCAUCAUUUCAAGAAUGGAUCAUGUUCUUGCGGUGACUUCUGGUGAUAGCUUUUCCAAUAACCUGCCAUGGAUGCUUUGGCAGCUUUCCGCAGAUAUCUUUACCAACAAUUUGCUGUCAUCAGGUCUGUGAAUAUCCCUGCCUUCCAAUUCUCUUGUUGGUUCAAUAAAUGGGUUUAAUCUUUAUACCUGAAAUUAUUCUGGCUUUGCUGCAUUAUAAGGAUUAAAAAACAUGCAUCUCAAAAGUAUACAAGCUUACGGUUAGUCCAACCAAGUGGCUUAAGCUAUUUUGGUAUAAUGGACAAGCCUAUCAUAGGGCAAUUGUUCCUGAUUCGGGUCAAAUUUGUUGUUGAUUUCUGUUUGGUUCCUGGGAAGAUAGUUGACUAGUGACCAAUUAUCCCCACAAAUACCUUGUAUAAUUUCUUUUCUGGGGGAAUGAAAAUAAUUCUGUCUUUGGAAGCUUUAAUAAAAUGCCAAGUACAAUUCAGUUAAUAA